AUGGGACGGAAGGUGAAGACAGUUUUGACCCUCUUACACCCGAACAUAAGAUCCAGACACCUGAAUAACCAGCUCCAGGAGAAGGUAGCGCAUGAGAAAAACAUCCACCUAAUUCUGAUUGCGCAACCAGGGGAUGCUGUUGAUGCAAAGAAUUUUCCAUGCGGUCCAGCCUGGGGUCCUGUGACAGUUACUUCCACGUCGGGAGACCACAUUGCUGAUGUCACACUGCGAGAUAGACAGCUCUGGGGGCGACAUCAGGAGCUAUUGCACCCUGGCUUCGCCGCACCUGAAGCACCCUCGGAUGCCGCAGUAGAGGCUCCGGACCUUCUGCAUCAUGCACCUUCGCGUGUUUUCCGCUCGUCAGACACGUACGCUGGACAGCCAGCAAAGAUUGUUGGCAAUGCGUCCGGCGUCAGCUGCCUUAUACGUCAUUGCAGGUACAUCUCGCCAGCGGAACUGACGGUGGUGCGUUUCCUGGGAAUUCUGGUGCUCUGUGCACCAUUGGUAAUGGUCAGUGGCGCGAAUCCAUUCAGAAUGACGGGCAUCCAGGCACUGCUCCUCUUUCGGGGUCUGCUGGGAGCCUCAAGCCUGUUCCUGCGGUUUUACGCCAUCCACUAUAUGUCGAUUGCCGACGCGUCCGUCAUAAUCUUCAGUGUGCCCGUGUUUGUGUCUGCGCUAGCAAGGAUCUUUCUCAAGGAACCAUGCAGUAUCCUUCAUCUGGCUACUGUGUUGGUCACCGUGGUUGGUCAGGUGCUGAUUACAAAGUUUCCGAUAUUGUUCAUCCGACCGGCUGAAGGUGGAUAUCCUGUCAAUAUCCAUAAGCUGGUGGCUCCUUUCUGUUCUACUGUAUUUAGAGCGAGCGUCUACAUUGUGUUGCGAAGGCUCCGAGAGGUUCACCUCUCAGUAAUAAUGUUCAAUUGCGCUUGGGUCGCUAUUCUAGAGACUGGUACCAUCUCAUUGAUAACCACUGAGCUGCUCUUUCCACAAACCGUCUUCGACGGGUCGCUACUCUUCGGCUUGGGUGCUUUGAGUUUUAGUGGGCAAUUGCUUCUAACGCGUGCUUUGCAGCUAGAGCAGGCUGGUCCUGUGUCCAUGGUUCGAUCUAGUGCCAACAUAAUCUUAGUCUUCGCUUGGCAGGUGGCGUUGUUUAGCCAGGUUCCCGACUGCUAUACCAUUUCUGGCGCUGUACUUUUCACUGCUUGCCUGUUUUUCACGGGAUUACGAAGAUGGAUCGACACCCUUACGGAGAAUUCUGUCACACGAGCAAUGAUGGCAUGGCUACUCUUCUAA